AGCAAACGUCCCCAGGAAGCCAUCGACGUCUGCACGGAGGCUCACCAGCGGGACCCACGCAACGUCUUCAUCCUGCGGGACCGGGCCGAGGCCUACAUCCUGAACGAGGAGUUCCAGAGAGCGGUGGAGGAUUACCAGGAGGCCAAGGAGUUCGACGGGGAAAACGAAGAGGUGAAGGAGGGGCUGGAGAGAGCCCAGAAGCUGCUGAAGCAGUCAAGGAAACGCGACUACUACAAGAUACUGGGGAUCCGGAGGAACGCCAACAAGCAGGAGAUCAUCAAGGCCUACCGGAAGCUGGCCCAGCAAUGGCACCCCGACAACUUCCAGUCCGAGGACGAGAAGAAGGAGGCGGAGAAGAAAUUCAUCGACAUCGCGGCAGCUAAAGAGGUCCUGACAGACCCAGACAUGCGGCAGAAGUUCGACUCCGGAGAGGACCCCUUGGACCCCGAGAAUCAGCAAGGAGGGGGAGGGCACCCCCACCACUGGCCUUUUGAGUUUAACCCCUUCGGCUCUGGCAAUUUCCACUUCAAAUUCCACUUCAAUUAGCUCGGGGCGGGAGAAAGAGCUCCGGAUGGCACGCCGAGGGGAGAGCGGGGCUGACGGUCUCUCCUGUAAUGACUCCUGCCCGCGCCUCCCGCUCAUCGCGUCCAACGUUUCCGGCCAUGUUGCUUUCUGGCCUGGGAACAGGGCCAGGUCUGGGGCAUUUGCUUUCCCCGUGCCCUGCAAAGAGGUGGAGAACGAGAUCGUUUCGCCGCCUCUCUCUGGUGUGUCAAGAAGGCCUGCGAGGGUCGCUCUUUCUGUGCUGAAUUUCCCGGAGAACUAAUUGGAUUCGCUCCGUCUGUGCAUCGCGUCUUCGCAGCAUCUCGGCCCUGGAGCAAGACAUGUGCCUAGCCCCCCCGCUUCCCCUUCAUCAAGAUGGGCAUCGGUUUUAAUUCUCUUCUCAUUCGUGGUGUGUGAUGGCUAACGCCCAACGCACACUUAGGAGAAAAGCGGUCUGCGUUGAAGGUUCGGCGCGAACGUUGAUUGGAAAUUGCCCCUCAAAAGGAGAAUUAUUUGCCCCGGGCGUGUCUGGAGUGUCUGCCACAGGGAAACAUGGCUGCUUUGGAAACUUACGGCUUUUGGUUGGAAAAACAAACAAAUGCCUCAAAAAUGACAAAUUUUCUAUUUGGACUCAUGGGAGUUGUCAUUCAGGAGCCUCAUGCCUCCUAUGGGUUUGCCUGGCAUCUCCAGCAAUGCAGCAAGGGCUCCCAUAAUGCACGCCUCCCCCUCCAAUAGCGGUGCAUCAUGGGAGAUGUAGUCCAGCCAGGGCCUCUGGGCUACAGACCAGAAAGGGGGGCACGAGGUGCUUGAACUACAUCUCCCAUGAAGCUGCCACCACAACCAAAUCAAAAAUCGGUCGGCAUUUGAAUUUUUGCCAGGAAAUUGAAAUUGUCCCGCAGGAAAAUUUAAGACAAAACCAGUUUUUUAUUUCUUCAUUUUUGUUGCGAUUUUUCUCAGACCCGUCUUCCUUUUUUUCCCGAGCCCACCCCCAUCAUGUCAUCGGGGGUUUGAGAGAGCACGUGACCCACAUAGCUGACCUCCAACAAGCCCUGUAAAGCCGGUGAAAGUCCGCCAGCCAUUUCUGCUGUGUGUGUGUGAUUUACAAACAAAUCAGUCCGGCGGGG